CCAUCACAGGCCUUUGUGCUCCUUAGCGGCUGUACCAGUCACAGAGACCCCCAGCCCUGUCCCCAGAGCAGGCAGUGGGGGUGGGGAUGCAGAAGGGGCUGAAGACAGCAAUCUCUGCAUCAGUGAGAGCAUCACAACCUCACAGCCUCGUCACCGGAACAACAGCAGACGUAACCACAGCCUAGCAUCACAACCUGAGCUGCAGUGCUUCAGAGCUGAGCACCAGGCUGCACUGUGGUGGAGGGGGCAGCCAUGGCCUGAACCACCAGCCUCUAUUUGCCUCACAACGUCAGCAUGGGAAACCAGGAGGCAAAGCAGCGCAGAGCUAAUGGAAGUUACCCUUCUCUGGAUGAUGGAAACAAGGAUUUAUCAGGAGAGCGUAAAGGAGGAAAGAAGAUCCAUGGUAAACAGGGAGGAGGGGGCCCACAUGCCACUGCCAACAAGAGGAAAAACAAAUCUGAGUCCAAGUCUGUGUUCUCCAUCCGUAAGAAGAGAGGCCAGCUUAAAGGCAAAGGCUGUUCGUCUGUGAAUGGCUCCAAAGAAGAUGUGUUGGCAACUCCACAGCACAGCCAGGACCCCAACAAGACCCCAGACCUGUCCGCUGAUGAGCUGGGACAGUCUGACAAUGAGGGUCUUGCCCAAGAGGCCUGUGGGAAGCCCAGCCAAGAGGAGGCAGGUCACAAGGGUGGCAGCUCAGGUUCCGACACUGACAUCUACAGCUUUCACUCGGCUGCAGACCACCAGGACCUGCUUGCAGACAUCCAGCUCACCAUCCGCCUUCAGCACCAGCAGCAUGGGGGAGCCCGGAGCAGUGCCCACACCCCCACUGACCCAGACACUGAGCGUGGCAUAGGAGUAGGCACGAGAGGGCAGAGUAAUGGGGGUGUCUACCUCACACCUCCUGAAGUUGUGGACUUGACCCCAGAGCUGGAGCUGGGCUCAGAUGCACUGUCCUUUCUGGACAGUGGGGUGGGACACCCCCCUGAGGAGACUGUAGAGACCCUGCUGCCCUGUCAAGAGAAACACUCCCCCAUUUUACAGACGGAACUGGCACAGACUGAGGACGAGUGUGCGGACACAGAAGCCCCUGUUUGUGCUGCACCCGAUCUGUCCCUUCACAACACUGUUACCAUGACAACAUGUGGAGGGUCCACAAGCAGCCCUGUCACUAUGACAACGACUGACUUCACGUUUGUCAGUGCUGAUGAAGCAGCUCCGGAGGAGCACGUGGGGCAGCUUGAAGAGUGGGCCACUCCUGUGGUAACGACAUGUAUCAGUCAAGAUGGUCCCCUGGAAGAACUCAUCUCAGGGGCUAACGGUCAUGUGGGGUCAGGGACGAGCGCUGAGUCUUUUGAUGACAGUGUCACUUCAGAGUCUGAACACAAUCUGUCUGUGACUGACCACACAGUCACUUCCACUCCACAGCAACGCAGGAGCCCUGUGACCCCACACGAGAGCCCUUCUUUGGCCAAGAGAGGCCUCAGACCCAGCCAACCCAACUCCAGCCCUGUAGUGAAACCCUAUCCAGCCAUCAUCCCCUCAUACAUCAAGACCACCACAAGACAGCUCAGUUCCCCUGGUCACUCCCCCUCCCAUAGCCCACUGUCCCCUCGACGAGACACCCAUAUCCUGCACAGGACACUACUAGAAAGCCGUAGACUGCACAGACAUCGCUCUCGGAGCAGUGGGAGGCCCCUGAGCCGGUCUGCAGACUGGACAGAGGAGCUGAGAGUGUCCCGGGAGCAGGACGAAAUCUCUGGGGUUUCUCGAGACUUUCUUGAGGCCUACAGGGGUGGCAGCCAGCCUCUCUGCCCCACCAGAAGGUCCUCCUGUCAGAGCAGCACCUGCAUGUACCCGGACGUUUUCACAGGGCGGACUCUCCUGGAGAAACUCUUCCAUCAGCAGCAGCAGGAGCAGCCCGAGGAGGCCGAGCAGCUCUGCUCAAAAAUCCUGGCCAUGGGACUGCUGCAGCCCUUUACCGACUGCUUCAGAGAUCCUCUGGGGGACAGCAUGGGCCAGCUGCCCACAGCAGCCAAGUUCCACCAUGACCAGCUGUACACCUGGGCAGCAGUGAGCCAGCCUCCACUCUCUCUAGAGGCUCUGGAGGUGAAGGGCCAGCUCCGAGCAGCGUUCAGCCCAGUGCGACCAGGGGACAGUAGGAGGCCGAGCACUGCCACAGAGGCUGUCUGCCCCUUAGGAGACAAUCAGGAGCACUCGUCCAGUUCUACUCAACAGGAAAGCAAAGAAUGUCAGGAGGAACAUGUCCUGAAGGCAGCAAACCUGAAGGAGAAACAUGUGAAUGUGAUUCAGCAACUGGAGCAAACUAUAGAGGACCUCCGCACUAAGAUUGCUGAGCUGGAGCGACAGCCCCCCCUGUUGGACACUAAAGUCAUCACUGUGGAGCGGGAGUGUGGGGGGUGUGAGCCAGCCCUCAUGCCACUGUGUGAUGCCCACCUUCAGACCAGCCCGUGCUGCCUUCAAGUGAAGUCAGUGCAAACCUCUCCAGUCGAUGAGAAAUUCAGCUUCAAAGUACCUUCCAGUGACACAAGUGAGGUCAGUGGGCCCCAACAGCGACCUGCCAGGACAGGUGCACUCCUCUGCUCCUGUCAGAUGCAGCCACCUCCUCCAUUAGGACUUCCAGAAGCCUCUCCCCUUCCACCAACAAUACUCUCUGAUCUCGCACCUCCUCCACCUCCACCCCCUCCUCCUUUUCUCCCUGGGACUGUUCCUCCACCCCCUCCGCCUCCUCCACUACCUGGAGCUGCUCUGCCUCCUCCCCCUCCUCCCUCUCUACCUGGAGCUCCUCCGCCUCCUCCUCCACUUCCAGGGGCUGCUCCUCCCCCUCCUCCGCCUCCACUUCCAGGGGCUGCUCCUCCCCCUCCUCCCCCUCCUCCCCCUCCUCCCCCUCCACCUCCACUUCCAGGGGUGGCUCCUCAACUGCCUCCCCCUCCUCCUCCUCUCCCUGGGGCUGCUCCUCCCCCUCCUCCCCCUCUCCCUGGGGGUGCUCUUCCCCCUCCUCCCCCUCUCCCGAGUGGUGUUCCAGGUGCAGUGUGCGUACCCCCUCCUCUCCCUCCGGUUCUCGGCUCUCUUCCUCCUCCUCUGCCUUUGGGAUUGUACUCUCUGGGUCUGUCCCAGGAAAAGCCUUCUCGAAAAGCACUUGUGGAGCCCCCCAAACCAAUGAAGCCCUUAUACUGGACCAGGAUUCAGCUGCACACUAAAAAGGAAGUCUCGUUGUCAUUAGUGUGGGAAACCAUCGAAGAGCCUGAGGUUGACUUUGAGGAGUUUGUAGAGUUGUUCUCCAAGAGUGCGGUGAAGGUGAAGAAGCAGCCUCUCUCUGAUACCAUAACCAAGUCCAAGGCUAAGCAGGUUGUAAAAUUGCUCAACAACAAGCGCUCUCAGGCAGUAGGAAUCCUCAUGUCAUCAUUGCACCUGGAUAUGAAGGACAUCCAGCAUGCUGUGCUCAACCUGGACUACACUGUGGUUGACCUGGAGACACUGCAGGCACUUUACGAGAAUAGGGCACAGCAAGAAGAACUGGACAAGAUUCAAAAGCACGUGAAGACCUCCAAAGACAAGGACAGCAGCAAGCCCCUGGACAAACCUGAGCAGUUUUUGUAUGAGCUCUCCCUUAUCCCAAACUUCUCUGGACGAGUCUUCUGCAUCCUGUUCCAGAGCAGUUUUAACGAGUGCAUGAGUUCCACAACGAGGAAGCUGGAGGUUCUGCAGAGAGUGUGCACGGCGCUGAAGGAGAGUGAGACCGUAAAGCAGGUUCUGGGUCUAGUUCUGGUCUUUGGGAAUUUUAUGAAUGGUGGAAAUCGAACCCGAGGCCAGGCUGAUGGUUUUACACUUGAUAUUCUUCCCAAACUAAAAGAUGUUAAGAGCAGUGAUGGGAGCAAGAGUCUGUUGUCCUACAUUGUCAGAUACUUCCUCCAACAUUUCACUGAGGAUGCUGGCCGGGAAACCUGUGUCUUUCCUCUUCCAGAGCCUCACGAGCUCUUCCAGGGUUCACAGAUGAAGUUUGAAGAUUUUCAAAAAGAGCUGCUGCGACUCCGCAAGGAUCUGAGAGCAUGCACAGCGGAGGUGGAAAAGGUUUGCAGUGUGUCAGAUGAGGAGCAUCUACAGCCUUUCAAAGACAAGAUGGAGAACUUCCUCUCACAGGCCAAAAGUGAACUGGAAACCCUCGACUCUCAGCUUGGCAGCACACACACUCUCUUCCUGGAGCUCACCGUCUUCUUCUCAGUGAAGGCCAAAACUGGAGAGAAGGAGGUGUCUCUGCAGACCUUCUUCAGCGUAUGGCAUGAGUUCUCCUCUGAUCUAAAAGACCAGUGGAAGAGGGAGAACAGAGUCAUCCUCAAAGAGAGGCUGAAGGCAGCGGAGGAGAGUUUUCGACAGGUUAAAGAGAAGGCGUCGUAUAGCGUCAAACCUAAGCAGUCAUCUGGCAUUAAAGCUAAACUUGGGAUGAAAAUCUGAAGUGAGGAGACCGUAACGGACACCAGAAAAGCAGAAAAGAGGAAGUUCAUCACUUUACAGAGAUAUUCGACAUGUUUGGGGCUAGGACAAAUGUCUGCUCAUGAUUUGCCUUUAUUUUUUUAUUUUUUGGGUGGAUGUAAUACCAAUACAAAUUUGUAUUAGUGCCUGCAACCACACCAUGCUAAUAUAAUAAUAUAUAAUGUUAUAAAAAAAGCACAUGUGGCUCUUAAAAAAAGAAACUUCAAUAACUUUCAAAUAAAUAAUUAUGUUUUUCUGAAAAAUUGUAGUAUGUCCAGCCAGCCCUUUCUGCUUUCUUUUUAAAAGCACAUGGGACUGGUAUCUCACAGCAUUCCAGUGAACUUUUCUCAUAAAUUAAGUAUUUUUCAUCAUAUUCUCUGUUUUGACAUGGGAAUCUAAUCAUAGAACCACAUGAACUAUACAGUGGCUAAGAUGGAACCCACCCAUACUGUUGAAGCAAUUAAUUUAGUUGGGGACAGUGCAUGUUAACGAACAUCAACUCACCGGAUUAUGUCCUUAGGAGAUAUCAUAUAAAAGCAGUUACAAUCCAUCUACUACUGUCUACUACACACAUGCUCGCAUACACUCACAAUACACUCAUGUAUUACUCUUUCUAUUGUAUUGAUGUUUCAUACAUACACAAGUGGAGUGAUCAAUACACACUAACUAUUACAAAAAAACAACAAAAAAAACAAUGGAUGUACAACAUUUUUACACACACUGAUUCAAACAAUGUGAAAGAUGUCAGGUGGAAUCAAAAGUUCUAUUAUUGUUCUGCCCUAAAAACAUAGGUAUGUACCUGUAGGUACUCUCCAAAAUCUGUAAAAACAUAAAUCAUUUGAGUUAUUACUUUUGAGCAUAAAUGUGGUAAUUCACUAUGGUAAAUUCAUAAAUGUAAGUUUAAGUUAGUCACAAAAGAACAUUCAUGCACAAAAACGUGCACAUAAUAAAGUGAUUUACCAGCACCACCUGCAAUGACACAUAGCCAUUUUGUUAGUAAUGCACUACUGAAGCUUAGUUCUAUAAACUAGCAGCCAUUAGCAACAUCAACAACAAUUCCUUUGCUCUAAUUCAUGAAUGUCUUCAGUAUUCAGUGCUUUGUUUGCUGAAUGUGAUUAGAUGUGUCCAGGUACAACACGGGAAAAAAAUAUGGAAGAAUGGUGCUCAGCUGGGUUUAACAGUGUAAAUAUGAAUCUGUGCAAAUGUAUUGUAUAUAGAAG